AACUGGACGCGUGAAUCGACUGUUAGGAAACCUAUCCGAUAACUGACACUACAUACAGCUUUAGUUCAGCUUCUUCAAUUUGAUUGUUUUAAAUAUUAGGUAAAGAUUUAAAAUGUCUUUUCUUACACACUGCCCUGAGUGCUACAAAUCCUUCAAAUCUAGAACCACGCUGAGAAAACACUACACGUUCAAGCACAAUUCACCUCAACAUCAGUCACUGGCUCUUGAUUUUGUCGACAAAGAUGGAAAAGCUGCUACAAUACCUACAAGUGAAACUUUUCCUACUGAAAAGCUUCCUGGGUACUAUCAAUGGCUAGCAGGCCUCGUUGAAUCUAUAAAUGAAUCCCUUCACCCUAUGUUUCCAGGCAAAUGGAUUACGUUGAAUAUGUGGCAAGUGAAACCGGAGUACUUUUGUAAGUUGGCAGCUGAUAUGAACGCUCUUCCGGACAACAUACGAGAUACAAGUCACAAGAAAAGACCAUUUUACAGGAAAUCGACACGCAGAAUAUCUUACAAAGUAUUUGACAUUUCACUGGUUCAAGGUGCACUUUCCAAGCAAGAUAUUGUAGAACUAAAGCCUCAAUUACUCUUUUCGUCAGGAAAUGACAUCAUAAACCGUCCACAGUCACAAAGGGGAAAUAUUUCUCAACUGCUUGCUGCUGCAAAAGCAAGAGCCUUCGUCAGAAGAACUGAGCAAUCUGUUGCAAAUGAAACUCCUUCAAAUAAGUGCGCUAUCCUUGUAAAAGAGCCCGAAGGAAGAAUUUCAAGAGAGUUUGAGCUUAUUUGGUGGCCAAAACUAUACACGCUUAGUGGAUUGGGAAAGUUGGAUGUUAGAUAUUACUUAGAAAAAAUUGCACUGUAAGUUUUAACAGUAAUCGUGAGAUUGUUUUUCCCGUGAAAGCAGUUUGUGUUGAGAAUAAUAUAAUUUUUAUUGGCACGACCAUUAAUACAGGUACUGCUAAAGCGUAUUUACAAAAUAUCUUAA